AGAGGUCCCAUCGAAAUGGAACAAUUCUGCUUUCGUGCCUCCGAUAAAGGCACAGCCGGCCUUGCGGCGCUGCGGUGGGCUCGCACACAGAGAACAGCGCGGUGCGGAGCGGAGCGGGCCCGGGCAGCCCUCAGGGCCGCGCCCGCCCCGCGUUUCCCUCACUGGGGGGCAGCAGCCGCGGGGCCGCCCGCCGGCCGUUGCAGGGGCCGGGCCCGCUCCGGGCCCCGCGGGCGCUCCGGCGGCACCGGGGCCAUGGCGGACGGGCCCCGGGACCCGGACCCGGACCCGGACCGGCCCCGCUACCACGUGGCGGCGCGGCGGCCGCUCCGCGCUCGGGCGGAAGCGGAGGGCGCGGGUCCCGCCCCGCGGGAAGUGAGGCCCGCGGAGCCGCCCCCGCCGCCGCGGGAAGGCGGCAGCUGCAGGCCCGAGCAGGCGGCGGCGGGCGGACGGGGAAGAGGACGGGGCAGGGGACGGGGUCGGGGCAGGCGGCGCGGCGCGGCGGCGGGCGGCAUGGUGGGCAGCGGCGACGACGAGGCGGCCCCGCCGGACGGCCCCGAGGCGGCUCCGGCGGACGGCUCCGGGCUGAAGCGGCGGCGGAAGAGCCCGCGGCUGGCGGCGGCGCGGCCGGAGGAGGCCGGGGACGAGGUGGACAGCGCGGGCCUGCGGGGGGACGAGCAUCACUUCGGGACGCCAGACUCCCUGACGCGACCCCCGAUAAAGGCGUACAGAUCGCCAGGUGGUACUACAGUUUACUUUGAACAGAAUCCAGUAAAGGAAAAUGCAAGGGCUCAUGACAGUAACAAAACUGAGAAACCAAAUGUUUCUGCACCAUUAAGAGAAACAAAGGCUGACUUCCUUGAGAAAAAUCAAGAGUGCUACUCAACUUCUGCACCACAGAGCAGAAGUAAAUCUCGGUAUCAGUCCAGUACAGAGAAGCAGUCACAGCCUUUGGCCAAAAACGACAGCAAAUCACAGAAUGGAUUUCACAAGAUGUGGACUUUGUUACUGGUUCUGUUAAUUUGUGUCCCUCUGCUUUAUGUCCUGUGGAGCGGAAUUCAAGGUGGAACCUCCUCAAGGAGAGAUGCUGAAAUCCUGCAAGAGUUUCGGGCCCGGAUGGAGAAACUAAAAAACACUUACCAGAGCCAGGACCCCAGACUGUGGAGAAAAGCCCGUGUGUCCCUGGAGAAACGUCUUAACUCCUCCCACGUGCAUCUGGAGCCUGCUAUCCUGCUGCUCACAGCUGGCCAGGAAGCUGAGAAGGCCCUGAGGUGCCUGAGCAAUGAGAUUGCCAAUGCUUUUGCCUCCUCCCAGAAUGCCACCACCAUCAGCAUCGACGGCGUGGACAAGGCUGUGCUGGACAGUGACGUUGUCAAGCUGGAGGUGGACACAGAGCUCAGCUCUGGCUUCAGUGAAGGCAAGAAGGUGGCAGUGGUGCAUAGAUUUGAGUCCCUGCCUGCAGGCUCCACCUUAAUCUUUUACAAGUACUGUGACCAUGAAAACGCAGCGUUUAAGGACGUGGCCCUUCUGCUGACAGUUCUCCUGGACGAGCAGUCGCUGAGGAAGAGCCUCACCUAUCAAGAAGUGGAGGAGAAAGUGCGGGAUUUCCUCUGGGCAAAGUUCACCAGUUCAGAUGUCCCUAGUUCUUACAAUGGCAUGGACACAGAUAAGCUGAGUGGACUGUGGAGCCGGAUAUCUCAUCUUGUGUUGCCUGUUUGGCCUGAAAAGGGCCUCCCUCUAGAGGGGUGCACGUAAAAGUUGCUGGAGAGCACUUGGGAAAGGAGGAAGACACAAAAUGUGUGUUGCAAGGCAGAACAGGGAAGAACUUAGUGUGGCUGCUGAGCUCAGGCAGCAGCAAACCAGUCCUUUCUGUGCAGAGCCUUUCCACCAGCUGGCAGAGUUGUUUCUGCCAAAACAACUGGGACUUCUCUAAGUGAACUGCAGAGUGUAAGCAAGGAACUUGUUGGUAAAUUGUAUUCAGUGAGGCAUUCAGCCUUGGUGUGCUGGAGCUGAACAUCGCUGUGCCUCAGUUCAGGGUCACUCAUGUGCCUCUGAACCUGUGUCGAAGCACUGUUGGCUGUGCUGUGAGGAUCCUUCUCUGGUGGUGCUGAAAGCUGGUAUCACAUUUGACAAGGUAACAAUGUAAAACCAUCACCUUCAUCUCCCUGAAUUGCUUACUUUACUUCUAACAUAAGAAAUAAAGUGAAAAUGAUGAUAAAGUGAUGUGAGUCUAAGCACAAGCUUCUUCCUGAUCCAUUGGAUCACAACAUAGGUGUCAGCUAUCUCUGGCCACUUGCAGAAGUAGCAAAAUUGCUUAAAAGAUCUGUGACCUGUAGAGAACCUUUCAGCAAGCAUUUCUUCCUUAAAUGAGCCUGCCCCAAACAGUUCUGGAGAAGGAGAAGCAGUGAGGUAAAAAGGUUGCUUAAAUUCAGUAGUAAUGUCAGUUAAAUAAUUCCUCAGUACCUCUUUGCCUGGCUGCUUGCAGGAGUUCUCUACUCUUUUUCAAAGUUUUGCAAGUCAUAAAAUUUGGAUGGAAAUAAUAAAAUGUCAUCCCCAUGUACAUACUAUCUCCUUUCCAAACAAAACUUUAGGAAGAUAUAGGUUAUUUCUCCUUUACUAAGAUCAUUAUUUUUGCAUUGAGAGAAUCUAUUUAUUUGUGGUACUUGAGAUCCUAAAAAAAUAACUUUUCUUCUUGUAUCUGUGUAUAGCUGGCUGCUUGCUGUAUAAAUUUCUAGCAAAGAACAGAUUUGCAGAGCAUGCUUUUAAAAUGUUUUUUAGUCUCUCAUGUCAGGAGUUCCUCACAAGUACCUGUUUCUAUUGUUAAAUACUUUGGGUAAAAAAAUACAGAGAAUAGCAGCACUUCCAUUUCAUUGCUGUUACUUCAUGCUCUGAGCUAUUGGUCCAUGUCCAUUUGGUUUUAUUGAGUAUGAAGGAAUUUGUGAAGAUGCUCUCAGAUUAAUAGUGUGUUUUCUUGUGGCAGCUGAGAGAUUUGGCCCUUCCUUCAUUCACAAGCCCUUUGAACUGUCCUGUUGCAAAAAAAAAAAAAAAAAUUAAACCAGGAAAACCUGUUGAGGAGCUGGAGCUUCUGGCUUCUUUCUGCUAGGCAAGGUUUGAGGGUGUUAAGUGGAAUUGACUAAAAUCACCUGAAGCAUAUAAAAGAGCAGAGUUUGGGAGACACAGAGCUGUGGUCACUUAAACCUGAGGUGGAUGUUUCUAACUGUUGAGAGCCAGCAAUGGAUAAUGUUUCCUAUUUUAAUGGGCAGAAAUAAAAACAGUAUGAAGACAUGGAAGUGCUGUUGUUCUGGAUGUUUAAUAGCUCAGGAGGGAAAAGAUGGCAUUUACAUUUUGAACAUUUCACUGGACAAAUGCUUUUUCUUAAAAAAACAAAAAACAACUGUGACUUAUUUUCAAAUUUGUCCUCAUAGCAUAUUUGUUUGUAUAUUAUGUAAACUAUUUUAGUAAUGAUUCAAAAUAAACAUACUUGUUUGUUUUAUAAA